AUUAACCUUUAGUUGUUCCAAAUUCAAUGUUUACACAAAAUUAAAGUUUGUUUCCAAAAAAAUCAUUACAUAUCUGGAGAGAAGUGAAAACGUACACAAUUGCCGUAAAUGUUUCAAUAAUUAUUCAGUUUGGCCCACGACUUCGUCCCAGUUUUUAGUUUUGGUCCGCUGUGAAUUUGAGUGUGAUAUCCCUGGUCUAAGGAAUUAAAAAAACAUCCCUCUGACUUAAUAUUUAACCUAGAUGUUCUUCACCAUAUGCUGCAGGGACCAGUGACACGGCGUAGCCCCCCGUCCUCUCUCUUUCUCUCCAUCAUCCCUGUCUGUUUGUCUCUCCUGCUCCCUCCAUCUUGAAUCUUAUCCCACUGCACUCUUCUCUAUUCAUAACCCGUGCCACUUCUACACACAGUCCAAAGACCUGAUUUAUCCUCGGGUGCAGGUUCAGAGUCAUUUGUCUCUGAAUGUUCACGGGCCUUUGUCCGAAGCUAACAGCAUCUGUGAGAAGAUCGGCAACCUUUUCCUCAGGACGCCACCUUUUCCUGUCAGUAGAGUGUGAAAUAAAGUGUUGUAGCACACAGGGCGGUGGAGCUGCAGUGAAAUAAUCCCCAAAUAUCUGUGACAGAAAUCACUGACAUAAGGAAGACAGCUGUGAAGCACACAUGCAGAAUAUUCCAUAUGUGGUAAAAAAAAAAUAAAAGUCUGAGGUGUUUGAUCAUAACUGGGAUUUCUGUAGGUGACAUGGUUUAGGCUUUAUUCUAAACAUUUAUCAUUUUCAUCACUUUGAUCUAUAGUCUAUGAUGCUGUUGCUACUGAAGAUAUAAAUAUAUGUAUAUAUGUACAGUAUAUAUAUAUAUAUAUUGGUGGUUAAGGCAGCAGACUUAGGUCUUGGGUCUAAAGCUGCCCCCUGCUCACUUUGGUGAUGGGGUAAAAUGCAUUGUUGUGAGCUGUGUAACACUGACAAAUAAUUCCCUUUCACUUUGUCUCUAGAGAUACAGUUUUGUCUGAUUUUCUCAACAAUAGAUUAAAGCUGAGACUAAUCUUUUCUUUGGCUCCUCGUAAUCUGAUUUGCUAAACCUGUCACCUACCGAAUGAUGCAUCUGUCUGUGUUUAACACUUUUCCUAUAGUUAAAAGUUAAACUAAAAGAAAGUUUUUUGAAAUGUUCAAAUGAAUCAAAUUACAGAUUAAAGUUCUAUUGCAUUUUUAGAGAGUGCACUUUUCUGGAAAUCGGAUGUAAUUCUUCUAAAUUGAAUGUAAUGUCGCCGCCUGUUCAAGAGAAUAAAAAAAUUGUCUGAGGCGAAAAUCACGUGUUAGUGGUACAGUAGUGCGUUGAAAACUAAAUUAGGACAAGGUGGGCAGGAAAAACUCCAAAACAGGGCUAACAUUGUCUAAGCUAAAUAUAAAAAAGCACACUCUCCUUCUAUAAAGACUGUACUUCUCACUGAAGUCCGAUGAAAAUCAGUGCAACCAACAACUAAUUUAUCUUAUGAUUUAAAUACCAGGUACAAAGACACAAACAAAUGGUCAAAUAUUUAUUUUAAAAAAAGUUUCAUUUCAACUAUUCAAAAAUAACUGUUCCAAAAAGCAGUGAUGACAAAUAUGUUCUUGUCGUGAUCCAUGAUAACUUGUAACCUCAGAAAUUGCGUCCGUACUGUAGGUGAUGCAGUGUUCUUCACUCUGUAACUGCUGUAACACAGUCUGAUGACAGUGAAGAUGGAGGACCUGGAGAAGUGUCUUGUUUUUCACUGUUAGCUGCAAUCUCUAACUUUCUUCUCAUUGUUUCUUUUCUUUUCCACUUUCACCCACCUGUCGUCUUCUGGUGAGGUCAGGAAUCGGGCUCUUGGCCUGAGGAUGACUUCUGAGGUGUGACUAAUGUUUCCUCGACUAAAUUAGUUAAUUCGUUCUUUGUGGUAUAUUUUUGUUGUGAUUUGCUUGCGGAGCGCGAUGGACAGUUAAACUGGUUAGUGUCACAGAAUUAUUAUACAUCCUGGAAAAAUGUAAUAGCACAAAUGCAACUAAAUUAAAACCUAACUGUGCUGCAGAGACCAGUGCCUCAACAUCGAGAAAGGUGUGGAUUUGUGUGGUUUUUCCCUGAACCCUUCAGCCCUGACUCCUAAGACAGUGUUUGGGGAUUAGGUUAAUUGUCCAGUUUUAAAUUUUUAAUAGGUCUGACAGCGAGCGUGAACGGUUGUUUGUCUCUGUAUGUGGCCCUGUGGAGGAGCGGCUAACUGUCCUGUAAUGUACUUUGCCUUUUGCCUAAUGUACACUGCUAUUGGCUUCAGGCCCCUCUGUGACCCUUAGGAGGAUAAGCUAAAGAUGAAUGAGUAAAUUAAACAACAUCCCUGUAGCUGGAAACAACAAAUGUUUACAUGUCUCUUGUAACCAAUAAGACACAGACGUGAAAACACCUGUUCACCUUAGAGGCUGUUUUGUUUUUUUAAUGUCACGUGACAAGAAUGACAACAAAACACAUUCAUCACCGUCACUGUCAUUUUUAUUUCCUGUCAUGGCAUCCAUCUUGGUGAGCUGCGUCUUGUUGCCGUGCAGUGUCUUCCUGGGACCAUUGUAAAAAGACAGACUCCUACAAUAGUCAUGAUGCUCUUUUCAAUUGUCUGUCUUCCUCCAUAUGAGGACACUCUCAUUGUGCCUGGCCUACAUUGCCAGCUCCAGUGAGGAUCUGGAGCAGACAGGACAUUUGUCACACACUUCUUUGUCCUCAUUUAUGUGCACACACUCUUCACGGAUCACACACAAAUUCACAGAUUAUUGAUCAACCACUGUCUGUGCUGAGGACACCGGAGGACACCACCCGCAGACCUGUCCUGUCCCGUCCUCACUGGGUGUAACUGCUGGACGUCUCUUGUUUUGCUUCCUGGCUCCAGCUGCAAAGUUGAAACUCUGCGUCCUGAUGAUCAGUGUUCUGGAGGACACACAGCUGGAUGAUGUGGCUAAUUUUAAAAUUGAAUGCUUUCAAUUUGAAUCACAGUGUUUUGUGACUUUCCUAAUUACAUCAGUGCAGUGAAUGAAUGGCUCUGGUCCUCAUAAUUAGUGUCUUCAAUUACAUGCUAUAGAUUUGUUUUCUUACUCAGAUCCACAGUCAGAAUCUUCAUGCUGGUGGUGUUUUGCCAGCAGGGAGCUGGAGGGGCUGAUAUAAACACUGCUUCAUGAGGUUAUGGUGCACCACUGCCCCCUAUGGACAAUAAUCACACAUAUUACAGUUUUUACUUUUCCUCAGAUUAUCAUUGGUAAUUAUUCAUCUAUUUUUUUUUACAUAAAUUAUUUUCUUCAUCUUCUUUGCAAUGAUUUGAUUUUGACUUUUUCCUACUAUUUGUUUUAUUCCUUUUUUCCAUAGUGUUUAUUCAAAGUUAAAAUUCACUAAUUAAUUUAUUUACUUCAUUCCAAAUGUAUUUUAGAGGUAGGUUUCCCCACGUACACAUGUUAACACAGAGGCAACAUUACACUAUACAGAAUCAGCAUCAGUUACCACCGGCCUCGAACCUGUGACAAUGCACUAAUUAGGACACAAACACAAACAAACACUAAAGGUUUGUGAUACAGACAAUUUUAUUUCAGGGUCUCUGUCUGUUUGUCUCUCCUCUUUAUAAACAAUAUAUAACGAUGAUGAUUGUUGCAGUUUUAGUUAAGUUAAUAUUCAACCCAUUCUGGCUGCACAAAAAAACUUAAGCUGCAAAACAGUCCUUGGCUUUUACUUCCUACGUCUCCUUUCCAAUAUGUGCCAGGCAUUUGCACCAAGAAACUGAACCUAGACUAUUGCUUCAGGUAAUAGCAUAGCACGCACACCUUACUCUUUCUUUUUUUUUUCUUUUUUUCUUUUUUUUUGUAUUUGUGAAAAAAAAAGUCUUAUAUUGUCCUGUUAAAAAUCCUGGAGUUCUAGGAAAACAAUUAUAAAAAUAAAAUAUACAAGUAAUAAAAAGGUAUUAAUUGUAGCUGAGUUAAGUGUUACACAGUUUAGUCAAUAAGACACUCAUUGCCUGGUUUACUGUGAGUCUCCAAGACUAAUUAUGUCAGUAGAUGUUUGCAGCAUGUCAUGUCACUGAAAUGAAAGGCUGGAGCUUCAUCAGUAUGAGCCACACAGCCUACAGGCUGUUAAUCUGAGUUACCACUGAAGAAAAGCAGUCCAGACAGACAGUGAUGCAUGAGGGAAAAGUUUGAUUUGAAGAGCUGUCAAACCUUUCAAAACUUUGAGCUUGCUUCAAUUUCAUGUGAUGAAAAAUGACUGAUGAUGUGGUCUGACAAAAUACCACUUUGAUGGGACUACAUAAAGAUGAGACAGCAUGAUUAAUUUAAAACUGUAAAUGUGUAUAAUUACUAUUGGCCACACAAUACCUGCUCUCGCCACCAUUGCUGUAACCACCUCAGAUCCCUGACUACCAAUUACAAUACCAAUUUUUUUUAAAACCGUGGAUUGCUUAAAAAUGAUUAUUAUAUUUUUUAAAGCAAGCUUUGAAUAGUUUAUUUUGUAGAGGGAAACAGAAUAUUUCACAUAAUUAUAAAGGAAAUCUAUGAGUAUUACAUAGAUUCUGCAAACGGAAAAAGCAAAAAAAAAACAUGUCAUUUUUCAUAAGAGUUUUCAAGUUCGUGAUUUCCUUAAUACCAAAAAGCAUAAUAUAGCAUAAAAUAUAGCAAAUAUAGACGUUGAAGUUCCAAAGUGUUGCCUCGUGGUGGCAGUAAAGCAACUACACGGAAGUAAGCUGUCAGUAAUAACCGCCGAUGACGAAGACGAAACCAACCGGGUGGAUCAAUGAGUGGAACGAAGUAAAACUUUUAUGAAUGUUAAAACCCUGAGACAUUUUAAAUAUACUUCGCUGUAAAAGCUUACACCGGUCAAUGUUUUUCGUUUGUUUUUAACACUUACAGUAGUUUAAAUAUAGUUUAAAUACAUAGAAUACGCAGUCGUCUCUCAUCUUAAGCUAAGUCAGGCUAAAGUCUCCAUGGCUCCUCUGCGGGUCCUGUGUGUCCACGGUUACCGACAGAACGGCAGCUCUUUCCGGGAAAAGACCGGAGCUCUGCGGAAACUGCUGAAGAAGCAGGUGGAGCUGGUUUAUGUGAGCGCCCCACACAGUGUCCCACAAAGCAGCAGUGGCGACUCUUCAGAGAAGGAUAAUAGUUCACGUCCGGGCCCUGUGGGUGAUGAAGAACAGAGGGGCUGGUGGUUUUCUGACGUCCAGGCUCGAAGCUUCAAUGCUCAGCAGCACUGUGUGAAAAGCCUGGGCCUUGAUGAGAGUGUGUCUGCUGUAAGGGAAGCUGUUCAGGUCCAAGGACCAUUUGACGGCAUCUUGGGCUUCAGCCAGGGAGCAGCUUUUGUUGCCAUGCUGUGCUCGCUUCAGGAGAAAGGACUGGAGCCGGAGUUCAGCUUCCGCUUUGCCAUCCUUGUCGCUGGUUUCCGCAGCGCGUGUACAGAACACCAGAUGUUCUACGACGCUCCCCUCCAGAUCCCCUCCCUGCAUGUGUUUGGGCUGGAGGACCGAGUCAUCCCUGACAACAUGAGCAGAGAGCUCCUCCCCUCCUUCCUCCAGCCUCAGGUUCUGACUCAUCCUGGUGGCCAUUUUGUUCCUGCUGCAUCUGCUCACAGACAGACCUACCAGGAUUUUCUCAACACAUUUCAGUGAGACCUACAACCUGUGUGGGGACUCCAGUGCUUAAAUCUGCCUAAUGAGUGUUAAAGUGAACGGUGUAGAACACUGUGGUUCUUCAAAGACGAGAUGUUCCCGUACCCAACAAAAAUAAAGAUAUUUAUUUACA